UUCUCUUCCAAAACAGAGAAAAACAUGUCCGCCCUUGCUCGUCUUGCUGUCACCCCAUGCAGCCGCAUGAUGAUGAUGCCCCGUCUUCAGCUGUCCGCUGUCAGGGCUAUCCAGACCUCCGCUGUCAGCAAGGAUAUUGACUCCGCUGCAAAGUUCAUCGGAGCCGGAGCCGCAACUGUUGGAGUUGCUGGAUCCGGAGCUGGGAUUGGAUCCGUGUUUGGCUCUCUUAUUAUCGGAUAUGCUAGGAACCCCAGCCUUAAGCAGCAGUUGUUUUCCUACGCUAUCCUGGGAUUUGCUCUCUCUGAAGCUAUGGGCCUCUUCUGUCUUAUGAUGGCCUUCCUCCUCCUCUUCGCUUUCUAAACAUCGAGAAGUAAAUCCGCAAUUUGUCCAUCAUUGAUUGCGAUUAGUUGAUUUGUAGAAUACUCUGUAGUUUACCCUAGUAUUGUUAUCUGCGCUUUAUUCACUGAAAUAUUAUAAACCUGACAUGUUUACAGA